AUGGUGAUGGUUCUUGCUGCAAAGUAUGGUUACUUCGAAAAGCAUCAUGAAAUUUUAUGGAACGCCACAGAAGCAAAUUUUACUGAGCUAACGAUCACAGAUUUCUUUAAGUCAACAGAUGCGUUCCCACUCUAUCUUCUAAUCGUGAUGAUCUUUUACUUCGUCCUAUUGCACUACUCGAGGCGUAGGGUACUUAAGCAAAAACUAAAACCAUUGAAUAAGGAGAUUGGGAGGUCUCUCCCAAAAGGGACAUUGUCGUCGGAAUCAUGUGUUUUUGUGAGGUCAUGUAGAUGUGUGAUAUGUCUUGAAGAUUACGUGGCAGGUGACAAUGACAUGGUACCAGUGUUGCCACUGUGCGGACAUGAGUUUCACGCUUUUUGCAUUGACAAGUGGUUUCGGUUAGGCUCUACUUGCCCUUCCUGCCGCAUCAUCCCAGUCGCACACAUUACACCAGUUUAA